AUGAGAUCCCGCCUCCUCCAGCCACGCUCCCUGCGCCCGCACAGGAGGGAAAGGUCGGGCCGCUUCAGGGCGGUGGGGUGGACGCGGGGUGAGCACGCGGGGGUGAGCACGCGGCGGGAGCGCGGCCGCGGGGGGCGGGGGCGGCGUCCAGGUCGGUGUCCCCCGGUUUCCUUCACCCCCUGGGCGCGGGCUGCGGAAGGCCGGGUCCGCUCGUCCGGGUCUUCGGGAUCUGGGAGGCGUCCUUGCCCGCGAGCCGCCACCACGUCGAGCAGGCACAACAACAAGCUGCCCAGCAACCUGCCGCAGCUCCAGAACCUGAUCAAGCGCGACCCUCCGGCUUACGCUGAGGAGUUUCACCAGCAGUAUAACCACUACAAAUCCAAUGUGGAGGUUUUCAAGUUACAACCGAAUAAACCCAGCAAAGAACUGGCAGAACUGGUGAUGUUUCUGGCACAGAUCGGCCACUGCUAUCCAGAACACCUAAGUAACUUCCCUCAAGAGCUGAAAGAACUUCUCUCCUAUAACCAUACUGUCUUUGAUCCAGAUCUUCGCAUGACAUUCUGCAAAGCUUUGAUGUUGCUGAGAAAUAAGAACCUCAUCAAUCCAUCAAGUUUGCUGGAGCUCUUCUUUGAACUUCUUCGUUGCCAUGAUAAGCUCCUGCGAAAGACUUUAUACACACAUAUUGUGACUGACAUCAAGAACAUAAGUGCAAAACACAAAAACAAUAAAGUGAAUAUAGUGUUACAGAAUUUCAUGUACACCAUGCUAAGAGACAGCAAUGCCACUGCAGCCAAGAUGUCCUUGGAUGUGAUGAUCGAACUUUACAGAAGAAACAUCUGGAAUGAUGCCAAAACCGUGAAUGUUAUCACAACUGCCUGUUUCUCAAAGAUCACCAAGAUAUUAGUGGCUGCUUUGACAUUCUUCCUUGGGAAAGAUGAAGAUGAGAAACAGGACAGCGACUCAGAAUCUGAGGAUGAAGGACCCACAGCAAGAGACCUGCUGGUUCAGUAUGCCACCGGGAAGAAGAGCGCCAAAAACAAGAAGAAGCUGGAGAAGGCGAUGAAGGUGCUUAAGAAACAAAAGAAGAAGCCAGAGGUGUUUAACUUUUCAGCUAUUCACUUGAUUCAUGAUCCUCAAGAUUUUGCGGAAAAACUCCUGAAGCAGCUAGAGAGCUGUAAGGAGAGGUUUGAAGUGAAGAUGAUGCUCAUGAACCUCAUCUCCAGAUUGGUGGGGAUUCACGAGUGGGCGACACAGCUGACUGCUCCCGCCACCAAGGCUCUGCCAGUGAACAUGGGCCACAUUAAGAGGGCUGCCAGGUGCCAUGCCAGAGAUGAGAACCUUAAGCUGGCUGCUGAAAUGCUGACUGGCCUGCAGAGCCUGGCGUUCUAA